AUGGCCACGGGAGGAGCCGCCUGGUCCUGGAUGGCCCAUACCCUAAUCGCAGCCUUGAUUCUGGGGGCGACAGACCCGACUCUCGCAAACGAUGUGGCUUCCUGCGACGACCCUUCUGCCAUCGGGCCCUCUGAGAGCACCCGGUACCUCAGGCCUGGGGAGACGGAGGACACCCGGGCGGGUGAGAGCAGCAGCCGCAUCGUGAAUGGGACCAACUGCGAGAAGAACAGCCAGCCGUGGCAGGCUGCGCUGUUGCUGAGAUUCAACAAGCUCUACUGCGGGGCCGUGCUGGUGCACCCGCAGUGGCUGCUCACGGCAGCCCACUGCCGCAAGCAAUUUUUUAGAGUUCGUCUUGGCCACCACUCACUGUCACCCAUGUAUGAGUCUGGGCAGCAGCUGUUCCAGGGCAUCAAAUCCAUUGCCCACCCUGGCUACUCCCACCCCGGCCACUCCAACGACCUCAUGCUCAUCAAACUGAACAAAAGGAUCCGCGAGACUCCGUACGUCAGACCCAUCAACAUCGCCUCCUGUUGUCCUUCUGCUGGGACCAGCUGCCUGGUGUCUGGCUGGGGAACAACCAGCAGUCCCCAGGUUACCUUCCCCAAAGCCCUCCAGUGCCUGAACAUCACGGUGCUGAGUGACGACCAGUGCAAGAAGGCCUAUCCAAAUCAAAUAGAUAACACCAUGUUCUGCGCUGGGGACCAGGCGGGCAGAGACUCUUGCCAGGGUGAUUCCGGGGGCCCCGUGGUCUGCAAUGGUUCCCUGCAGGGCCUCGUGUCCUGGGGAGACUUCCCCUGCGCCCAGCCCAACAGACCUGGCGUCUACACCAACCUCUGUCAGUUCACCAAGUGGAUCCAGGACACUAUCAAGUCCAAUUCGUGA